CCAUGCACGUGGCCACGUGCCCAAACCCAUUCUCACCGCCAUCUCUCUUCUCUCUGCCUCGUUAGGAAGGAACCAAAUCCCACUCACUGAUUCAUCAUAAUGGUGAAGCUAGCUUCAGCUAGAGACUUCCGCACCUACGGGCCGGGCCUCGCCAAGAACCGCUGCGAGUACAUCAACGCCGGGCUCUAUCUUAUUGCCUCCGUCGUCCUCGUGUCGGGCCUCGUGGCCCAGCUUUCUUCCUUAGCCCGAUCGGGCCUUGUGCUUAUCAUUGCCGCUCUGGGCAUCAUCCUCCUCGUCAACCUCCAUGACUUCUUCGCCCAUCUCGUCGGCAUCGAUUUCCGGUUGCCCUUGAUGGCCUUCGACCUUCAACUCGCUUUCGUUGAGUUCGCCGUUCCUGUCAUUCAGAUGCUCGGAACGCUUCUUACCUUUCUCGGCGUCUUCUUCCUUUUUAUUCAGGAAGAGAAAGGAUAUGGGUACUUCAAAUUGGAAAAGCAUGCUCUGAACAUGCUGGUUGCUGGUCCUGUAUUAUGGGUGAUAGGAUCAAUUCAUAAUUCGUGCCAAAUUUAUGAGAGAGCGGAUGGUCAUGUUCAAAUCUUGCAGCAGUGUGUGAAUGUUCCGUUUUUGAUGGGGAGUUUGUCAUUCAUGCUUAGUGCAAUUCUCAAUUAUCACGAGAAAUCUAAAGAUAUCCACCAUGGCCUUCACUUACUCAGUGGUACUUGGAUCUGGCUAGGCAUUUUCGGAAGCCUAAUGUUCUUUAUUGGUGGCUUAACAAACUUAAUCAAAGUGUUCAAGAUGCAACAAAUGAAUGGAAUUAGGCUGGAGAAACUGCGAGGUGGAGCACACGAACGAUUGCUGAGUGCGAGAGAAAGACAGAUUCCUCUGAUAAUGGAACAUCAAACGAAUAUAAGCCAUCAACCUCAAGAGACCAAAGUUACUUCACCUCUUCCCACUCCUUAUAAGGAUGUCCUUAUUGGUCAGACUAAGUUAUGAUUGAUGGUGUCUCCGCUUUUCUUCGAUGCUCCUCUUUGUUAUUUCUCUGCUUCUCUUUUUUGGGGGGCUUUUUUUUCCCUUCAUUAUAUCAUAACAUUAUAUAUAGAAGCUUCUUGAUCAGGCCAUAGAUCGAUAGCAACCGAGAUUUAUGUUUCAAAACUAGACUCUUAGAUUAUAAUUUCUAAUGACAGUAUCAUUCCUUCUCUCCUCAAUCGUGUUCCUUAAAUUAAGGAGGAUUAGAUCUUCA